ACUCGGCAUGCGCAGAGUCCGACCGUGGAGCCCGCCUCCUCCCCCUACCUGGCGUCUGGUUUCCUAGCAACGAGGCGGUUCUCUUGGGCACCGCUCCUUCUUCGUCUCUCCUGCCCCAUAACUCCCCAUAACUGCCAGUAAAACCCCUUCACAUCCCUCAGACUCCAGACCCUCCGUUCUUAUUUACUUCUGUCUUCAAACCUACCCCUAACAAGUUACUGUGAAUCAAUCCCUUUCCUUUAUCUCCCAGGGGUGAGCUUCUUCCUCCGCUAUCGUCCUGGUUUUAGCCAUCCCUAAAGGCCGUCAAAAUUCUAGUCGUCCGCCUCUGACCAGGAGCUGCUCAUUUUAGAUGAUGUCCGGAGAGACGCUUACCCAGAGCCCAGAGGAAGGUGUCUGCAUCACAGAAGCCCUUAUCGUUAAGCGCAACCUGACUUUCGAUGAAGAUGAGGAUCUGUCCGAGAAGAUGUUUCACACCCUGGCUGACCUGCAGACAGUGCGGCUGGACCGGGAAGGGAUUACCAUGAUCGGGAACCUGGAGGGCCUCCAGAAUAUUCACAGCCUCUACCUGCAGGAGAACAAGAUCCAGCGGAUCCAGAACCUGGCUUGUGUCCCCUCCUUGCGCUUCCUAUCCCUGGCAGGAAACCGCAUCAAACAGGUGGAAAACCUCCUGGCCCUCCCAUACCUCCAGUUUCUGGACCUUUCUGAGAACCUGAUAGAUUCGCUGACGCUGGAUGAGCUUCCCCAGAGCCUUCUCAUCCUCAACCUCACCGGAAACAAAUGCACCACCCAGAAGGGCUACAGGGAGAUGGUGAUAGCGGUGCUGCCCCUGCUCCUGGACCUGGACAAGCAGCCUGUGACCGAGCGCUGGACCUCGGAGGAAGAGGAUCAGGACUCGGGGGAUGAGGACGAGUUCCCAGAGCUGAGCGGGCCCUUCUGCUCAGAGCGAGGCUUCUUCAUGGAGCUGUCGCAGGAGAUGAGCGGGCACCAGGCGCGCCGGCAGCAGGCGGCCCUGACGGAGCACCUUCUGCGGAUGGAGACGCAGCCCAGCAUCACCGAGCUCUCCCCUGCCACGAGGGCCGGGGACAGCAGCUCUUUCAUCACUCCAGAGCGAGGCGGGGAGCCAAGCCCCGUCUCCUUGCCCCAGGCCUCCUCUGCCUCCACCAAACCAAGUGUGCUGGCCCCCAAGAGCCAGAAAAGCUCUGUCCAGGCUGGGAAGGGGACCCAAGCCACCACUACCCCGGUGACCUCUGCGGUCAGGGCGCCCAGCACGACCAAGACAAUGACCAAGACAGCCAAGAAGUGAAACUGGGCGUCUGUCUGUGACUUCCUCCUACCCGCACCCCUCACUGUGCCCAGGGCCCCUCAAUAAAGUGUCGCUAGGCCUGGAA